GAGCCACAAAAAUUGUUCCCGUUGAGGCUGCUCCCCAAGAAAGUGAACCCACAAGUCCAGAGACAACAGUUCAAGAGCCAUCACAACGACGAGGAUAUCAAGAAUAUGCCAUUCAGCAAACCCCAUAUGAACAGGCAAUGAAAUCUAGCAGGUUGGGUCCAACUCAGCUGAAGAUUUUUACGUGUGAAUACUGCAACAAGGUGUUCAAAUUUAAGCACUCCCUCCAAGCACAUUUGAGGAUUCAUACAAACGAAAAGCCUUACAAGUGUUCGUGCUGCAGUUACGCCAGCGCAAUCAAAGCCAACCUGAAUGUUCACAUGCGGAAGCACACAGGGGAGAAGUUCAGCUGCGAUUAUUGCACGUUCACUUGCCUCAGCAAAGGCCAUCUCAAAGUCCAUAUUGAAAGAGUUCAUAAGAAAAUCAAGCAACAUUGUCGCUUCUGCAAAAAGAAAUACUCGGAUGUUAAAAAUUUGAUCAAGCACAUCAAGGAAACACAUGACCUUCAAGAUAAGAAAGUGAAAGAUGUUUUCGAUGAGCUUCGCUUGAUGACACGAGAGGGCAAAAGACAACUUCUUUAUGACUGCCAUAUUUGUGAGCGCAAAUUCAAAAAUGAACUCGAUCGAGACCGUCAUAUGCUUGUUCAUGGUGAUGAAAGGCCUUUUGCUUGUGAGCUCUGUGGUCACGGAGCCACUAAGUACCAAGCCCUUGAGCUUCAUGUGCGAAAACACCCGUUUGUUUACGUGUGUUCUGUGUGCCUGAAGAAAUUUGUCAGUUCUGUAAGACUCCGUGCUCACAUCAAAGAUGUGCACGCAGAUUUGCACGAAACGUCUGUUUUUAACAGUUCUAUCAAUCAGAGUUUCUGCCUUCUUGAGCCAGGAGGUGAUAUCCAGCCAGAAGCCCUUGGUGAACAGCUAACACAAAGUGCAGAUGAGUUGACUGUCACGAGUACUGAUGCUAUUAACACGCCACAACCACCUGCUUGUAAAGGUGAAUCAACAGCUGCAGAUGUAAACCAUAACGGUCAACAUAAUGGUGACUUAAAAAUUGAUGCGGUCCCUUUGUUAGAAUUUGAAAAUCCACCGGUGGAAAAUGUAACAGAGACGCUGUGUCAGACAACAGACACAGCAGUCCCAAACGUUCCAUCCUGUGCAGCAUCAGAUUGCUUUCUGCUGAAAAAUGGUACUUCUGGUUCUGAUGAGUUAAAAGUUUCUCCUGCAAAUGGAGAGGAAGUUAAUCACUGCAGUUCUGUAAAUGAGCAGAGUGAAGAAAUUCAGCUUUUGCUGUCUGAAGACAAAAGUUCAAAUCCGAGUCAGAACAAUGCAAGGACUGAGAACCUUUCCGUCUCUGAAGAGAGAAGUCAGUCUGUUCCUUCUCGUGAAUCCGAAACAAGCAAUCCACCAAUUCAAAACUCAGCGGAAACCACAAGCCCUUUGCCAGCACCAGGAGCUGAUGCAGCCAUCAGCCCACAGGCAGCCUCUUCCAAUGCAGUUACAUCCGACAGUGGGAGUGGAGCUGUUGCCUUCAUGCAGAUCUUGGAUAGCUUGCAGAAGAGGCAAAUGAACACAGAGUUGUGUGAGAGGAUAAGGAAAGUUUAUGGAGACUUGGAAUGCGAGUAUUGUGGCAAGUUGUUUUGGUACCAAGUGCAUUAUGACAUGCAUGUUCGCACGCACACUCGAGAACACUUAUAUUACUGCUCCCAGUGCAAUUAUUCUUCCAUCACGAAAAACUGCCUUAAGCGUCACGUCAUUCAGAAGCACAGUAAUAUUUUGCUGAAAUGUCCCACAGAACAUUGUGAUUACUCUACUCCAGAUAAAUACAAGCUCCAGGCACAUCUUAAAGUUCACACAGAGCUGGAUAAAAAGAGUUAUUCCUGUCCUGUGUGUGAGAAGUCAUUUUCUGAAGAUCGACUUAUAAAAUCGCACAUCAAGACAAAUCACCCUGAGGUUUCUAUGUCUACUAUUUCUGAGAUUCUUGGCAGAAGAGUUCAGCUGAAAGGACUUAUUGGAAAACGAGCUGUGAAAUGUCCCUACUGUGAUUUUUAUUUUAUGAAGAAUGGAUCAGACCUCCAGCGUCAUAUUUGGGCUCAUGAAGGUGUCAAACCCUUCAAAUGUUCUGUCUGUGAGUAUGCCACUCGCAGCAAGAGUAACUUGAAAGCCCAUAUGAAUCGUCACAGCACUGAGAAAACACACCUUUGUGAUAUGUGUGGGAAAAAGUUCAAAUCAAAAGGCACUUUGAAGAGCCAUAAGCUCCUUCAUACUGCUGAUGGAAAGCAGUUUAAAUGUACGGUGUGUGACUAUACAGCUGCCCAAAAACCACAGCUCCUACGUCAUAUGGAACAACAUGUCUCUUUCAAGCCUUUCCGUUGUGCACAUUGCCACUACUCCUGCAACAUAUCUGGUUCCCUGAAGAGACAUUACAACAGAAAGCAUCCUAAUGAAGAGUAUGUAAACGUAGGUUCUGGGGAGCCUGCAGCAGAAGCCCUUAUCCAGCAAG